UUCUGCUCAGAGGUUUCCAGACCUGAACUGUAAGAUGUAUCACGCCUCCCUGCUGCUGUGCCUGAGUUUGGGAGCUUUGGUAAAAUAUGCUGCUGGAAGUGAAUGGUGCUAUACUGGCUGCGACCACUCCCCAACCCACUGGGAAGACCUCCCUGGUUCUUUCUGUGGAGGAAAAAGACAGUCUCCUAUUAAUAUAGUCACCAGUCAUGUUCAGACGGACCCUACCCUGCUUAACUUUACCCUCGUCAACUUCUCCUCUCAACAUGUCAUCAAGUCCAUCACAAACAAUGGACAUACAGUGAAAUGCAUUUUGAAGGAAAAUGAAGUUGAAGUGAGCGGAGGUGGACUUAAUGGAAUUUAUUCUACAAUCCAGUUUCACUUUCACUGGGGUGAUACAGAACAUCAUCCAGGCUCGGAGCACAUGAUUGAUGAGCACAGAUAUCCAAUGGAGAUGCACAUUGUCAGUCUGAAGAAAGGUCUUACUGUGGACCAGGCCACGGCAGAUUCGGAGGGAAUUGCUGUCCUUGGGUUUUUCAUAAAUGCAACAGAAGAUGGCAAUAUGUCAGGACCAUGGAACAUGCUCACAUCUUACCUGACAAACAUCACAGACACUGAGGUUAACAUGAACCACAACAUCUCUAUCGAUGACCUAAUUGGAAAUGUUGACCUCACAAAGUUCUAUCGGUACAUGGGCUCCCUGACCACCCCCAAAUGCAAUGAAGCAGUCGCAUGGACGGUCUUUCAUGAGCCAAUCAACAUCAACAAAAAUCUGAUUCAGCAGUUUCCCAUUAGUACGGGACUCACCAAUGUUUAUCGGCCUGCACAGGCCCUCGGCAAGCGUCAAGUGUUUGCCUCCCCUGCAACUCCUCUCCCUCUCAGUCAUCCAUGGUGCUAUGAUGAUCACUGCGAGUACGGCCCCUCUCAGUGGCACCUUCUGUCUCACUCCUACUGUGGUGGUGAACAGCAGUCACCCAUAAACAUUGAGACACGGAACACUGUGGUGGACGAACACCUUGAUGCCCUCACCUAUACAAAGUUUGACGACAAUCAUACCAUCAAGUACAUCACUAACACAGGCCAUGCAGUGAAGUGUGUACUGAAGGAGAACAUGGUGGAGGUGUCAGGGGGAGGUUUGGGAUACGUCUACUCCACCCUUCAGUUCCACUUCCAUUGGGGCUCCACAUCAAAUGACUCUCCGGGCUCAGAGCACACAGUGGAUUCAAAAAGAUACCCAAUGGAGUUACAUAUAGUGAACAAGAGGAAGGAUUUGACUUUGGAUGAGGCAAUACAGACUCCUAACGGCCUGGCAGUUCUGGGAUUCUUUAUUGAGGCUGCAGAUACUACCAAAAGCAGCAGCAGCAGUUCCGAACAUCAUGAUACAAAUCCCACAUCAAGUCCGACAUCUGAUAAGGGAGCCUGGAAAAAACUGACCCACUACCUCUCAGCUAUUCCAAACAUCAGCUCAGAAGUUGAAGUCACAGAAGAGAUCUCGAUUGAUGACUUGCUCGGCAGUGUGAACCGGGCUAAAUACUACCGCUACAAUGGCUCCUUAACCACCCCUUCGUGCAAUGAAGCUGUGGUUUGGACAAUUUUCAAAGAGUCUAUCAAAUUGGACCGAAAUCUGAUGCUGCUAUUCCCGAGACAGGCAGGAUAUCGCAACGUGUUUCGGCCUACGCAGUCUCUUCAUAGCAGGACAGUCUACACCACCAGAUCAGCAGCCAGUGCCCCUGGACCCAUCAUACCGUUUUUGCUCCUGGCAUGUCUCGUGUCUUUUUCAUUUAAUUUGCACCUGUGAAAGGGUUAACUAACUGGAACCGCUGUGAAGAAUAAUCACAAAUUGCACUAAUUAGCAGUUUUGCACUCUUCAGAUUAUUUCUAUAUUUCUUAGCAAAAGGGAGAGUGGUGUUUCAGUGGUCACUUUGAAAUUUUUAGUAUGUGGUUAUAUAAUCUCACAACCAAGAUAAUGGUAACUUUUGGCUGACCAGUGAAGUUUUUAGAUUUUUAAAAAAAAAAACCUUAACAUGGUUUAUUCAACUCCAGGGUGUCAUCAGACUCUCUAAACAACUUCAACUAUAGUAGUAAAAAAUACUAAAAAUUGCAAGAUGACCACACACAAAUCAACUCUCUAGAUUUGUUGGAAAGUGGAGCCGGUGUUCAAUCUAAUCAUAUAUGCAUUUGCUAUUUCAAAACUUGUACAGUGUAUAUAUUAAACAAAAUGAACAAUUAUAUUUCAGGUAAUUCAAGACUGUCCACUAUGCUAACCACUAAUUACAGUUGUUGACCACAUGAGGCAAAAAAAAAAAAUAUUUUAGUGAGUGUUGUGCAUUUUAUCAGCGGGAAAAUCUAUCACUGUAACCAGUGAAAAUUAAAUAAACAAUUGUAUUGGUGUCACUUA